UCGCGUAAAGCAUCUAUCUUGCGUUCAUUCGUGGUGACGAACAGAGCCAGGUCCAUCUCUUGUGCCGAAGGAGCGGGUCAGCACAUCGCCACGGACACGAUCCGGGGAUGGCGUCGCUCAGUGUGGGGCAGCAUCUCAUCCGCAAGCGUGGCGCGGGCAGGAGCGCCGCGGUGGAGAGGAAGAACCUGCUCACAGUGUGCAGGUUUUCAGUCAAGACUUUGCUGGACCGCUCUUGUUUUGAGGCAAUAGAUGACUCAUCUCCAGAGUUCAUUAAUUUUGUUUCUAUUCUUGAGCACAUCCUCAGUCAUCGACUGAAAGGUCAGACAACCUGGUUCGGCUACGAGAGCCCUCGAAGUUUCUGGGAUUACAUAAAAGCUGCCUGCAGUAAAGUACCUCAUAAUUGCAUUCGAAGCAUUGAGAGCAUGGAAAAUGUGCGACCAUCGAGAGCAAAGGGCAGAGCAUGGAUCAGAGUCGUCCUGAUGGAGAAACGUCUGUCAGAGUACAUCUCAUUCGCACUGAGGGACUUCAAAACCACCAGGAGGUUUUAUGAAGAAGGAGCAAUCAUUCUGGGAGAAGAGGCUGGGCCGCUGGCAGACACACUCAUUGGACUAAACACUAUUGACUUCAGUUUUUGUCUGAAAGGGGAGGGUCUGGAUGGCAGCUGCCCUGCUGUGAUUGAUUACACACCUUACCUGAAGUUCACACAGAGCGCAGACAGCAUCAGCAGUGAUGAGGAGGAGAUGAGGACUCUAGGAAGCAGUGGCAGUGAGAACAGCACCCCCGACAAAACAGCCACCGCUGCAUCAAUCUUCACAGAGCAGAGCAACUUGGUCAGCAAGUGCAAACGCUUUGAGCAGAAGUAUCGCAUGGCUCUGGAGCAGAAGGGUUACCUGGAAGAGCUGGUCCGUCUACGAGAAGCCCAGCUGUCGGAGGCCGUGUCUCACAACAAAGCUCUUCAACAGAGCCUAGCAGACACACACCUCUCCCACACGUUGGAGAAAGAGCAGCUUGAGUACAUCAUACUGGAACUGCAGGACCAACUGACUGUGCUGAAGAACAAUGAUUUACGGUCCAGGCAAGAGUUAACAGCUCAUCUGACCAAUCAGUGGCCGUCUCCUGAUACCUUGGAUGCCAAUGCCGUUGCCUUGGAUACGCUGCUGUACAGGAAGAACACAGGACAGUGGGAGGGGAAGAGUUUCCAGAGCCUGGAGCAGCUGUCUGCAGACAUGAGCCUGUCCCAGAGUUCUCUUGGACCAUCACACACACUGGCUCUGGAAGCCAGGCCAACCAGCACACAGUGGCUUCAUCAAGGUAAGGAGGAAACUCCAUCAUUAAGGGGUCUCUGUGGCUCCCUGACCUCAGUAGCCAGCUACAAGUCUCUGGCCAGCCUGAAGUCAAGCGAGUGUUUGGCCAGUCCUGCAACAGAGAUCAGUAGUUCAGGUGUCACUCCUUCUUAGAAAAUAAGGAGCUAUAAUUAGCUUUCCACCAGGAUCAGACAACCCAGGAACUUUCUCAAUGUAGGUGAUGCUGAUUUUCUUUUGUGUUUUGAAUGUGAAGCCCAGAGCUUAAAGAGAUGGGAGUUGUGCUUGCAAGCUGAGAAUCUGGUGCAUGUUGUUUGACCAGCUCCAUCAGACGUGUUUUUGAUGUAAUGCCAACAUGUGUAUAAAUUCUUUGUUUUUAUCUGUGUGGCAUCAUUUCUUUCCUAUCUUGGAAAUGGUAGGAAAUAAUAUACAUUUGAUGUAUGAAUUCUUACGUCACCUACGUGUUGCAAAUAUUUUGAAAGGUUACAUUAAAGUACUGACUGUAGAUCGGAUCAGUUAUUGCAGAUUAACACAUCACUGUUAACUGUUUCUGCUGUUACAAGAUACUGUUGUUUUCUUCUGUUCUGCUGCAGCUGCUAUUGAUUUUAACACGUUUUCUUUCAUUUAUGAUGCGUUUGUCUUUUCCAGUUUGUGGAAAUUGUGCAUUGUGCAAUAUUACAUGGUUUUGUUCUCAGGUUAAAAAGAAAAAAACACCCUGCAACUCUGGGUUCCCUUUAAUUAUUAAAAUGCAGUAUUUUUUUUAAUAGCUAGAUCUCACUAAAACAGAGUGUAACACAAUCAUGUCAUGGACCAUCUGCUGGGGUUUUUCUGUACAUGCUGGAGACCUGAGCUUUGCAGUAGACAAGGAAAGACAUGACUUGGCUGGAUUUUUCUUAUGAUGUGAAGUGCAAAGUGAUGGUAAGAGAAGGAUGACUGGUCAUUAAUUAUGACACUCAGAUGCAUCAUUCUCACAAAAUUUCUAACAAAAUGGCAUCUACAAUUACAGAUAGCUGUUUUCUGCUUCUUACUGACCAUUAGUGUUGGAAAAAAUAAGAAAGAAAAAACAACAACCCAAAUCCAUCAUUCUAUGUGGGCUGAGUGAUGCCCUUGGAUCUGCUACAUAAACAGGCUCUUAGUCAUCCUCUAUACAGUUACUCCUUCUAUGCGCCUUUUAUGGCAAUAACAGAUAUUCUUAGAAGGACCUGCUGCUAAUUUAAUUUAGCAAAGCAAUUUGAUAAUAAUAAAAACUCUUAAUUAUUAAAUUGCUUGGGGGCAUCUUUGUUAUUGUUACACACUCCCAACUUUACACCGUAAUAAUCCACAUUUAAUUACAUGCCGCAGGUAUUUUAAAAGUGAAAAAACUAUUGUUUAAUAUCAGUCUUAAAUAAUUUCCAUUUCUGGUGACUAGCGGUGUACAUCAGCACUGAACUUCAUCUUUCUCCAGCAGUCAUUUGGACAGACAAAGAGUGUUUGUUUUAUAGGAUUUAUUUGCCUUUUUA